AUGACGAAAGCUUGGAAAGAGCACAAGGACGUUAUCGCAAGGCUCUACAUCAAGGAGAAUCGCACCCUGGAAGAGGUCCGGGAUAUUAUGCAACGUGAAUACAACUUCAAGGCUUCGACAAGAUCGUACCGCCAGCACUUUGACCAGUGGGACUUGUCAAAGUACAACUGCAAGAAGCGUACAGCCCGCCGUCAGAGCCGUGACUACCAGCAGUACCCCGGACUGCAGCAGCAGUAUACCCCCACCACAGGAGCUGCCGCCGCCGCCGUGGUCGUCGUCCAGGAGAGUUAUCCAAUGAGUCCGCAGAGCUACAGCAGCAGAAGCAGCGGUAGCGGCAGCGACAGCAUGAGCCCAGAGUCCGAAAUGGACAGUGGCAGUGGCAGUGGCAGGGUUGACGAUGUGGAUGUCAGCCAGUCUUAUGGGGGCCAUCACUACACGUACGCGGGCCAGAGCCAGAGCCAGAGCCAGAGCCAGAGCCAGAGCCAGAACCAGAACCAAACCGUCGUGCAUCAACAGUACACCCACCAGCACCAACAUCAGCAGCUGGAGCAGCACCACCGGCAGCGUCCGUCAUGGGACAACCAGGUGCCACGGAGCAUGAGCUCGCCGUGGGACCAAGCUGCCCUCCCCAGCCCUCCUGCGGAUCUGGGUGGUGGUGACUCGUUCUUUCAGAUGUCCGGGACAGCGGAGGCCUUGUCCGCUGCGCAGGCCUCGCAUACUCCUCGUCCGCAGACGUACUCGACGGCGGUGAUUCAUCCCGAGCAGUACCACCACCAGCACCAGCAGCACCAGCAACAGCACCAGCAGCAGCACCAGCACUACCAUAGGCAGCAACAGGGUGCAGCUCCUCGGGUACUGCCGAGGCGGAUGUUGGCUCCGGCACCUGCUCCGCAGCGUCCGGUGAGACCGGAGCGACGGGAGUCCCUUCCGUAUCAUGACGCUAUACACUGCGGAUUUCGUCGGUCAGGACUGUAA